GGGCGGCCUGUUUUCGGAUCCGGCGGUUUAGACUGCAGACUGGUGCUUGAGGGCUGGGGGUGGGUCACAGGCGUGGGUUCGGAUUUCACCUCUGCACCCGCACCCCCGGCUGCUCCUAGUGGGCCAGGCUUUUGCCCCUCUGAACUUCAGUUUCCCUAUCAGCAGGGGGGAAUUAAUGAUAGCAUUUACAGAGCUGUGAAAAGGAUUAAGUGGGAUAAUGAGAUAAUGAUGCAAAUAAAACGCCUGUGUUCGCACAUACACAGCUCGUGGCAUAGAAUAAGCGCUUAACAAGCAGCUUCACAAAUGACAUUUGUUGCUGUUAUUAUCCAGGCUUGAAUCUGCGACACAGCCCUAACUGGGGAUCUAGAUCCCUGACCUACCCAUCUUUGUUCUGUUACUUUCCCGUGCUGUCCCUCCGGUAUCCAUUCAUUUCUCUUUAUUUAGAGUCCCUCCCCCUUAUACAGAUUUCUGCUGGGAGGGAGGGGUAUGGGUGGAAGAGGCAGAGAUGCCUCAGUCGUGUCCUUCCUUGCCUUCUUCCAGUCAGUUGUCUGUGGACACCCACUACGAAUACAAAUACACUCUGGCUGGGGUGACAGACAUGUAAACAGACUUUAUAGCGCUAGGAAGACUAAGGGAUGGAGCAGCCAGCUUUGCCUCGUGAUUCGAAAGCUUCACAUCUGAACUAGGUUGGGAAGGCUGAGUAAGUCUUACAGUCAGUGGGAGUAAAGAUUCAAAACUGGUGCAGGGAAUGGAGUUGGCAGGAGAGAGCAGGGAUGGGUAGAUUGGGACUAGUUUAUGAAAGGUGUUGAAUAUACUGGAAGAAUCUCUGCUGCUGUAUAAAUGGAUUAGAAAGGAGCAGUGCUGCAUGUUUUUGUUUUGUUUUUAAAUAUUUAUUCAUGAGAGACAGAGGCAGAGACAUAGGCAGAGGGAGAAUCAAGCUCCCUGCAGGGAUCCUGAUGUAGGACUCGAUCUCAGGACCCUGGGAUCACUAUCUGAGUCAAAGGGAGAUGCUCAACUACUGAGCCACCUAGGUGCCCUGCAGUGUUGGAUGUUGCAGGACUAGUGGAGAGGCUGUAAAAUUAUUCUGGGGAGGGGGAGGCAGAUGGUGGAAGUUCUGACACCCGAACUAAACUGAGAACUGGAAGUGGAGAAAAGUUUCCAGAGACUCUUGGAGGCAGAUGGGCAGGACUUUGGAUGUGGAGAUUAAACAAGGAAAGGAUGAUGCAAUUUUUCUAAUUUGGAAGACCGUGUAGAUCAUAAUGCCAUCUACUCAUAUCUAAAAUAAUUGGGAAAUAAAGGAGGGUGAGUGUUUUAAGCAAGACAAGAGUAUUUCUAGUGAUGAGUUCUAUAGAGAUUCAGUACAGGAGGUGAUGAUAAUCUUUAGUCUCUGGAGAAGGUGGAUGAGGUGGGACUGGGCUGGGCCUUGUCAGGUAGGUAGAAUUUCAUGGGGCAGUGAUGAGCAGUUCGAAAGGCUGGACAACACAGGUCUCUUCAAGGGUAGUAAGGCCCCAGAAAUGUGAAGAACAGGUCACUUCGUUUUCCUAUUUUCAGGGUUCUUCAUCCAGGAUGUCUUCGGUAAUUAGAUCGGAAGCUAUAGAAGUGCUAGAAGAGGAACCAGUGACAUCUAAGACUUACGAUCAUCCACUGAAAUCGGAUCCCAUCCCUGUGGAAGUGUGUAGCAAAUCACCUGCCUCCCUGGAGAUGAUUCAACGCGUUUCAGAGGAAAGAAUUCACCCUGGCUCGAGCCCUAAAAUGGGGGGAAAUUGUGAUCUCAUCCACCAGGAAGGACUUCAGUCCAGGUCCCUUCAUUUGUCCCCCCAAGAACAAUCUCCCGAUCGUCAAGACAAGAGUCAAUCUUGGCGGCGAGCAAGUAUGAAAGAAAUAAGCCGGCGGAAGUCACUGCCUGCCUUUCACCAGGGCAUCACAGAGCUCAGCAGAUCCAUCAGUGCCAAUUUAGCAGAAAGCAAACGGCUGGGCGCUCUCCUGCUUUCCAGUUUCCAGUUCUCUGUUCAGAAACUUGAACCUUUCCUAAAGGACAUGGAAGGCUUCAGUCUUGAAAGUUUUAGAGCCAAAGCAUCUUCUCUUUCUGAAGAAUUGAAACAUUUUGCAGAGAGCCUAGAAAGUAAUGGAACGCUACAAAAAUGUUUUGAAGAUUCAAAAGGAAAAGCAUCAGAUUUGUCUCUGGAAACAUCAGUGGCUGAGAUGAAGGAAUACAUAACAAAAUUUUCUUUAGAACGUCAGUCUUGGGAUCAGCUCUUGCAGCACUACCAGAUGGAGGCUGAAGAGAUCACAUCCAGAACAUCAGCUGAAACCAAAGUUACUGAAGUUGAAGUGGAACCUAAAACAUAUCUUGGAUCUUCCCAGAGUGAAGUCCUUAGUACAAAGCCUGACUACCAGAAGAUAUUGCAGAAUCAGAACAAAGUCUUUGAUUAUAUGGAGUUAGUGAUGGAUGAACUGCAAGGCUCUGUGAAGCAGCUGCAUGCUUUUAUGGAUGAAAGUACCCAGUGUUUCCAGAAGGUGUCAGUACAGCUUGGGAAGAGAAGCACGCAACAAUUAGAUCCUUCACCAGCUCGAAAACUGCUCAAGCUUCAGCUACAGAACCCACCUACCACACACUGCUCUAGGUCUUGUCAGUGACUUCAUGUAGUUUUCCCUUCCACAAGGUGCUCCAGAGGAGAGAAAGGGGAAGAGUGCCCCAGCACAUGACAACUGCAUGGCAGCCUGAGAUGCUGAUAGCUGCCCUAUUGCCUUUGAGGAUAACUGGCUGAAUGUAAAGUUUUUUUCCUAAAAGUAACAGAAUUUAUGCAUUUGAAAGAGUGUAGUAUAGAUACUAUUUCCAAGGAUGUGCAAACUGCUUGCAAUUUCUAUUGUGGAAUGACCUUGAGAACUAGUAGCCCAUUCUUUUAAUUACCCUUCAUGGUUGGUAUUCGUCAUCUUAUGAAAUGUUUUUUAGGUUUUGAAACAAUCCAAAGUCAUUCAGGACCAAAUCUAGGGAAACAUUUUAGGGGUCAAGUUGGGUUCUGGUAGUAAAGGAAUGGAACUGAUUUUCUAGUGUGGCCCUGAAGGUGAUUUUAGGUAGAGGAAUUGUGAGCAUUGAGCAUGCAGUUGUGAUCCACAUGCAUCAUGUGGAUAUAUGUACCACUUCACAGAAUGUUCAAAUUGAAGGAAAUACCACUCA